ACACACCCCAUCAGCGAGCGUACCGCACCGCAAACCCCUCCCCCAACAGCACACGCACCUAAGAAAAGAAAUUAAUGGCUGCUCUCGCCUCGCCCCUCCGCUCCUAUUUUACCCCUCUUCUCCGCCCCGCUCUCUCGCGUCCCUCUCCCUCAUCAACCUCAUUUCUCUACCGACCCCCCACCAAGAAACCGUCUUCCUUCAUCAACACUCGUAACAGCACUCGCUUCUUUAGUACUCCUCCACCAAAAAGAAAAAUGGCUUGGUUCGAUAUUUCCUACACUUCCCCCACCGGCACUAGUAAGUUUGACAUCUCAUUCUUUCAAAAACAUCCGUCAUCGUUCCGCCUCGUUGCAUCCCUCAUCCUUCAUUAUAUUUUUCUAUAUGAGAUGGCCGUCUCGUUUCGCCUUUUCAUCUUAUCUUGCCAAGUAGACUGAUCUUUUGCUGACUUAACGCCUCUAUUGCAGCUGAGCAAUGGGGUCGUAUUAACUUCAUUCUCUACGAUAGUGUUGUCCCUAGAACGGCAGAGAACUUCAGAACUCUUUGCACUCGCGAGGUGGGAUCCGGCUACAAGGGUUCCAAGUUCCAUAGGGUCAUUAGCAGGUUUAUGGCUCAGGGUGGUGACUUCACCCGUGGCAAUGUAAUUUACCUCAACGCCCUUUAAGUGAUAGGUAUGAGAUGGAAAGCUGAAAGACUUUUUCAAAAUAGGGAACUGGCGGGAAGUCUAUUUAUGGUGAUAAGUUCGAGGACGAAAACUUCGACAAGAAGCAUGAUAAGCCGUAUCUUCUCUCCAUGGCAAACGCCGGAAAGAACACCAAUGGUUUGUUUCAGCUCAUGCUUUCUUGCUUGUGGGUGACGGUGCUAACUUGGGUUUUAGGAUCCCAGUUCUUCAUAACUGUUAGUACGGCCAAUUCCCAUUUCUUUGAAGUUGACUAACAAUAACCCGUGGGUAGUUCGUCGAAACUUCUCACCUUGACAACAAGCAUGUCGUCUUUGGUGAAGUUGCCGACGAGGCUAGCAAGGCAAUCGUGAGGCAGAUGGAGGCCAAGUCUCUCGACAGUAGCGGCCGCACUUCUGGCACCAUCACUAUCUCCGAUUGCGGUGCUGCUUAGAGAAAUGGAUUCUGCAUUCACCACCCCUUCCCCCCCUCUUUUCUUACGAACCUUUAAGGAAAUUGGUGGGCGAGAUGGAAUUUCCAGGUGUUUGGUUUAGUUUUCCAAUCUAGUUAUUCUAAAAAAAAACAAAAAACUAUCGUCGUCUUGUUUGGUGGAUAAACGUGGAAAAGCGAUAUCAAAUAAAAUACAUUCCUUGGGAAUCCCGGUUUUAAAAGUGCUAUUGUUUGCCCUGCUGCGAAGCUUGAGACUACUCGCCAGCCCUUGCUCCGUUACGUUAUGGCCUUGGGGCCAGGAGAGUUGACCAAGGACUGGCAUUGAUCUUUGAGUUGGUAUAUGGAUUAUCCUGGAACUUUCGUACUACUUGUAUCGGUGCGAGUGCUACUGUGCAAUCGGUACCCACGGGAGCUGCGGGAUAAUUGUAGGGACUGGUGCGCUAUGCAUGCACUGAUAGAGGAACACGCAUACCGUCCCAGAGCGCUACGGAAGCUGUUUAAGCAGGGCAGCUAUGGGGGUGAUAAAGUGGUAUACUUGACCGGGUACUUGGUGUUUCACUCUCAAAUUGCGUGUAUUUCGCUAUCGGAGUAUUGC